GCAACUCGAGCUCUAUGCCUAGUGUUGUCUUACGCCCACCACCACCACCACCAUCGAGCACCCCUCCCCGCCAGUGCUCAAGGUCCUUUCUCGCUACUGCGUUCUUCACCACACUCGAUCACAGCACGACCCUGGUACAACGACUAGAAGUGUCCUCAGACCAGUGCUGCCAUCAUGGUGUUUCAACUCCCCGUUCUCGCAGGCUCAAGCUUGCGCGGCAAGCCUCUGACCGCCGUUAUUGCCUUUAUCUCCGGUGUUGGUUUUCUGCUCUUCGGUUACGAUCAAGGUGUCAUGUCAGGGCUUUUCGCGGCUGGGCAAUUCUCUCUGAAGUUCCCUCAGCUCGCUGAAGUCGAUCAAUUCGGCAGGGCUAUGGUUGAUGGUAAAGAAGCCAACCCUGAGUUCGAGGCGAACGUGCAGGGUGCUGUGACUGCGAUUUACGAAAUUGGCGCCAUGAUUGGAUCUCUCAUUGUUUUGUGGAAGGGUGAUGCAAUCGGCAGACGUACCUCGAUCGCAAUUGGCGCAACUGUCAUGAUCAUCGGAGCUACAAUCAUGACGGCGUCUUAUGAAAUUGGCCAAUUCACAGCAGGCCGAAUCAUCACGGGUAUUGGAAACGGUAUGAACACAUCGACAAUUCCCAUGUGGCAAUCCGAGCUCAGCAAAGCCCACAAUCGUGGUCUUCUUGUGCUUAUUGAAGGAUCGCUGAUCGCCGCUGGUAUCAUGAUUUCUUACUGGAUCGAUUAUGGCUUUUUCUUCCUGGACAACUCUUCAGUGCAGUGGCGUUUCCCCAUCGCUUUCCAAGCCGCUUUCGCCAUCAUCUUGCUGAUUGGCAUUCUGUGCUUGCCCGAGUCACCCCGUUGGCUCAUUAAGAAGGGGCAGAUUGACCAGGCCAGCAGAGUACUGGCCCAGGUCGACAACACCACCGAGAACGAUCCCGAAGUGCAGACUGUCGUUCGCCAGCUGCGCGAGUCUAUCGAAGCGUCGGAGCAGUUGCUCGGAGACUUCAGCUACAAGGAGCUCCUACAGCAAGGACCCGAGCAGAACUUCUACAGAACUGCGAUCGCUUUCACGGCCCAGGCCUUCCAGCAGCUGUCUGGUAUCAACCUGAUCACCUAUUACGCGACGACGGUUUUCUUGUCCAUCGUCCCUGACCGCAACACGGCUCGACUUCUCACGUGCGGCAACGGCACAGAGUACUUCGCUGCCUCGAUCGUUGCACUAUUCCUCAUUGACACUCUGGGCCGUCGCAAACUCAUGAUUAGCACGGCUUUCAUGAUGAGCGCCUCGAUGGCGGUGCUGGCGGGCACCGUUAGUGUGGUUCAGUCCAAGCCACCAGGAACAACUGGCAUUGGUGCUUCAUACGUGGCUGCUCUUUUCCUGUACCUCUUCAACACCUUCUUCGCGUUCGGAUGGCUCGGCAUGACCUGGCUAUACCCUCCCGAGAUUACCCCUAUUCGUAUCCGCGCGCCGGCUUCCGCCAUCGCUACCUCUUCGAACUGGAUCUUCAACUUCCUCGUCGUCAUGAUCACACCCCCAGCCUUCGACUCGAUCAAGUAUCGGACUUACAUCAUCUUCGCGGUCUUCAACAUGUCGUUCGUCCCCGUCAUCUACGCCUUCUUCCCCGAGACGAAGCGUCGUGGUCUGGAAGAGAUGGACCUUAUGUUCGCCGAAGCGCACGAAACGAAGUUCUGGCACGCUUCUCGCUUCAUGACGGAGGCUUGCUACCUGUCCGUCACCAAGCCAUACCUGUCUUCCGAGGAGCUCGACGUCGAGAUUGCCAAGCGCUACGGAUCUCAGGCCGUCAAGCACGGCAACGAAGGAUACGAUGUCGCCGAGAAGGCUUCUGACGACAAGGCCGAGAAGGCCGCCAGCGCCGAGGACGCGCGCGACCGCGACAGCUCCCGCAGCGGCAGCAACUCUCACGAAUGAGCCAUGAAUGUAGUAUACAUUUGAUUGCAUGGAAGAUUCUCCUCACAAACGACUUGGAAUUAUCUUAGCUUCGUAUAUCGCAAAUCACCCGCUCUCAGGCAUAU